AUAACUAUUAAUUGAAGCAAUUGUUGUUUAACUUAUGGUUAACUCUUAACUGCUUGUUUCUAAACAUGCAAAUGAAAUGUUUCUUCAAUUGAAUUUCAUUUGUCUAUUGCAGAUGAGAGCUGUUUCACAAAUGGCUAUCUGGACACCGUAAUAGAUUGGAUCCCGGGAAUGAGAGAUAUCCGGUUGAGGGAUCUCCCGACCUUCUUCCAAACCACAAAUCCGGAUGAUGUCAUGCUUAACUUCAUCAUGGAAUCAACCGAUAGAGCUCAUGAAGCUUCAGCAGUUGUUCUACAUACUUUUGAUGCCUUGGAGUCAGAUGUUUUGGAUGCUCUCUCAUCUAUGCUUCCCCGUGUGUACACCGUUGGCCCUCUUCAAUUGCAUCUCAAUCACAUACCAGAACACCCUUUGAAAAUGGGAUACAGUCUAUGGAAAGAAGAAACUGAACGCCUCGAGUGGCUAAACACCAAGGCACCAAACUCAGUUGUCUAUGUGAAUUUCGGCAGUAUAACAGUCAUGACGCCAGAACAGCUUGUAGAGUUUGGGUGGGGACUUGCAAAUAGCAAGCUUCCAUUCUUUUGGGUAAUUAGACCUGAUCUAGUUAUUGGAGAAUCUGCUAUUUUGCCGCCAGAGUUUGUGGCUGAAACUAAGGAAAGAAGUCUAAUAGCUGGGUGGUGCCCACAAGAGCAAGUCCUUAACCACCCAUCAGUUGGAGGAUUUUUAACGCACAGCGGUUGGAAUUCAACGGUUGAGAGCCUUACUGCAGGAGUUCCUAUGCUCUGUUGGCCAUGCUUUGGAGACCAGCAAAUGGACUGUCGCUAUACUUGCAAUGAAUGGGGCAUUGGCAUGGAGAUUAGUAAUGAUGUCAAGAGGGAUGAGGUAGAGAAGCUUGUCAAAGAGUUAAUGGAGGGUGAGAAGGGUAAGAAGAUGAAAAAUAAGGUCAUGGAGUGGAAGAAACUUGCAGAAGAAGCUACUGGUCCACAUGGUUCUUCAUCCACAAACUUGGACAAUUUAGUGAAUCAAGUGCUAUUAAGAAAAAGCUAAAGAUUUUACCAGAAGAUUUUAAUUAUUAUUAUUUAUUUCUAUUGUCUCAAAUAAUCAACUAGCUAGCAAUAUGUACUAAGGCCUGUAAAACUUAUGUUACUAGCUAGCAAUAUGUACUCAGGCUAGAAUUUUGUUUUCUCUAAGAUUUUAAUUAAUUAUGUUCAAAUUAUA